ACGCUCGCGUACGGGGACAUGAACCACGAGUGGAUCGGCAACGAGUGGCUGCCCAGCCUGGGGCUCCCGCAGUACCGCAGCUAUUUCAUGGAGUGCCUUGUGGACGCGCGGAUGCUGGACCACUUGACCAAGAAAGACCUUCGCGGGCAACUGAAAAUGGUUGAUAGUUUUCACAGAAACAGUUUCCAGUGUGGAAUUAUGUGCCUGCGAAGGUUGAAUUAUGACCGAAAAGAACUGGAAAGAAAAAGAGAAGAGAGCCAGAAUGAACUGAAAGAUGUGCUGGUUUGGAGCAACGACCGAGUGAUCCGCUGGAUCCUCUCCAUUGGCCUCAAAGAAUACGCAAACAACCUCGUCGAGAGCGGUGUGCACGGCGCGCUGCUGGCCUUGGAUGAGACGUUUGACUUCAACGCGCUGGCCCUCUUGUUACAGAUCCCCACGCAAAACACACAGGCUCGUGCUGUCUUGGAAAGAGAGUUUAACAACCUCUUGGUCAUGGGAACCGACAGAAGGUUCGAUGAAGACGAUGAUAAAAGCUUUAGGAGAGCACCUUCUUGGAGGAAAAAAUUCAGGCCAAAGGAUGUCCGUGGCUUAGCUGCCGGGUCCGCGGAGACGCUGCCUGCGAACUUCCGGGUCCCGUCCUCUCUGUCCUCGCCCUCCGUGCAGCCGAGGAAGGUGCAGCCGGACGGCAGCGUGGCGGGAACGCAGAGGCUGGAUUCCGCCACAGUCAGGACUUACUCCUGCUGAGCUUCGGGUGUUCCCGCACUACUUCUACAGGUGAUCACGCAGCGUCCAGGACACGACAGAGACAACAUUUGAACUCGAUGCAAUCUUUACUCUGUUCAUACUUGUUAUAUGGACCUGAAGAUAUUUUAUUACAGAGUUUUUAAUUAGUGAAAAAAUUCAUGAAUACCAUGGAGAAAAUAUUUUAGAAUUUAAUGUUUCUUAUAUUUAUGUAAACUUAUGACUUCAUUUAUAUAGUUACUUACUUUUUCUUGUAUAUCCAGGCUAUAAAUAUCCUUUCAGAUCAAUUCAUGUUCUGAUACCUGAUUUUAGUCUUUAAAAUGAAUGUACUGUAAUGCUUGUAUGUAUAAAUCCUAUGAACAAAUAUAGGGCUUUUGUAAAUGAUGCAUUUAUUGUAAUUAUUCUUGUUUGAUUUUUAAAUGAUAAACCAUGAGAGAAGGGGUUUUACUGCGAUUGUAAAAUCAUCAUGACACGGUGUGCAUUAUCCUUCCAGAAUGUAACCAAGCUCUCCAACAAUCACUCUGAAAUAAGCAAACUUAAUUUCAACCAGUUGUUGUUGUAUUUUAACGACUGACCUAAACUGUACUUUUUCUAGCAAGAAAUGCUUUUUCUCUGCAGCGUGAAGAGAUUUAAAAGUACUGGGUGUUAAAUGUGAGCUUCUAAUCAAAUUUGGGCUGAAAGGAUGACUAGAAGAAGACUAUGAAAAUCUCUCGGGUAACCUAGUCUCCAUGGGCCCGGAUCCCUCCUCUCCGGUGACUGGCAGAAGCCACGAGCUGGGGAAGAGAGACUGGCGGGGGUGGGGGUGGGGGGCCUGGGCACCCACAGCCCGCUGUGCCCGCCCUGCCCUCCUGGGAGGCAGGGUCAAGGGCGCCUACUCUUCAAGGACCAAUCAUGAUGCCCUGCACCCGCUGCAGAGCUGGUGCGCUGGACAUGAGGGCGCCACACCCCCUACAGACAGCGGUGCAGCUCUGACAAAGGCCUUAUUUUUACGUAAAUCACCUUUUUACAUCUGUUUGUAAACAUGUUUAAAGAAUGGACCUAGGCGUACAUUUUUAGAUUUUUGAUGACAUAGCCAUUUUGGAUUGUAGAAGUAGCAAAUGUAACUUUUACUUUUUCAGCGGCACAUUAAAAAAGCCAGCAAGAGAUGUGUUCAGAUCAUGGUGCGUUAUUUAUUAUGCAGCUGAGAUCUCGGUAGACAGAGACGGCAUGUCUCUUUCCAUGUGGGUCCCGCCUUUAAUUACUUGUAUAAUUCAUUGUUACUGUUCUGUUUUCUAUUAAUCUUUUGUGAACUUCCUGAAUAUGUAACAAAGUAUGUACAGUCUACUUUUGAACUAUUUUUAUCACAGUAUUAUUUAUUGCUUUCUUUCAAUAAAGUACUGAAGCAAAAUUUCCCACUGCCAA